AUGUCGUCUCUUCGCAUUCUAAGAUCGAGAGUUUUGGCCUCAGCUUCAAAUCCCCUGCAACGGCAACGGGCUAUCAAAAACCCGUCUGGUCUGCGCGCACUUGUUUAUACCUCAAGAACCGUUGCGACAGCAGCUCAACCGUCGCCGCAAGAAAGACCCUGCGAACCACCAUCUUCAACGACAGGAAUAGACCUUCUACAACCUCGUGGCCGGCGCAUCCGCGACCCGAAGCCCUUCUCCGAUUUCCUCACCGAUAACUUCCACCGACAACAUGAUUACCUGCGCAUUUCCGUCUCGGAGCGGUGCAACCUGCGAUGCGUCUACUGCAUGCCCGAAGAAGGCGUGCCAUUGUCGCCAGAUCGCGAACUAUUGACAACGCCCGAGAUCGUCCUCUUGUCGUCCGUUUUUGUUUCCCAGGGUGUAUCGAAGAUCAGGUUGACAGGAGGAGAACCGACCGUGCGGCGCGAUAUUCUUCCAUUGAUGCGGCAGAUUGGAGACCUGCGACGGCACGGCCUCAAGGAAAUUUGUAUCACCACAAAUGGUAUAUCUCUACACAGGAAGCUCGACAGUAUGAUUGAGAGCGGACUUACAGGAGUCAACCUGAGUCUCGACACUCUAGAUCCUUGGCAAUUCCAGAUCAUGACAAGGAGGAAAGGCUACGAAGCAGUGCAGAAGAGCAUCGACCGAAUCCUCGAACUUAACAGGCUUGGCGCUGGUAUCAAACUCAAAAUCAACUGCGUUGUUAUGCGGGGCGUCAAUGACAGAGAGGUGCUGCCUUUUGUAGACCUCACACAAGAGAAGGAUAUCGAGGUUCGUUUCAUCGAAUACAUGCCAUUCGACGGCAACAAAUGGAGCAAGAACAAGAUGUUCAGCUACCAGGAAAUGCUAGACCUCAUCAGAACAAAGUACCCUACCCUACAAAAGGUGCAGGACCACAAGAACGACACGAGCAAAACAUGGCACGUCCCAGGCUUUACCGGGAAAAUAGGUUUCAUCACAAGCAUGACACAUAACUUCUGCGGGACCUGCAAUCGGCUGCGAAUAACAGGCGAUGGCAACCUCAAGGUGUGUCUGUUUGGCAAUGCUGAGGUAUCCCUGAGGGACAUCCUACGCAAGUCGAACAGCGGCGACCCCAUCGAUGAUCAGGCCUUUGAAGCAAUGAAGCAGAUCGAGAUGGACAGACGGAGGGAUCUGUUGACAUCAGGCCAAACACCGCUCGGUUUGGCACCCAACGAAGAAGAACUGCUAGAAGUUAUCGGCGCCGCUGUCAAGAGGAAGAAGGCAAAACACGCGGGAAUUGGCGAGCUGGAACAUAUGAAGAACCGGCCCAUGAUCUUGAUAGGUGGGUGA